AUGCGUCAAGUCCACCUCGCCGUGCUCCUUGGCUUUGCCGCUUUUGCCACAGCUUUGCCAUCUCCCUCCAUUGAUACUCAUGAUUACAAUCAUUACGAUCGUCGCUCAACCAAAGAUGCCAAAGUGCUAAUCCUUGGAGGAGGUGUUGCUGGCGUCAUUGCAGCGCGCACGUUACACCGCAAGGGCAUCGACGACUUUCUGAUCGUCGAAGCGCGCGAUGAGCUAGGUGGAAGGAUGCAGAAUUAUACUAUUGGCGUCCCUGGAAAGCAGUACACCGUCGAAGUCGGUCCUAAUUGGAUCCAGGGAACGCAAACUGGCAGUGGGCCAGCUAAUCCCAUUCUGACCCUCGCUCGAAAGCACCACGUCAAGAACCAGUAUAAUGACCUUGAUGGCAGUAUCACGACUUACGACUAUAAUGGGCUCAAAGACUAUCGUGACAUCUUGGACACGUCAAUUGAUCAAUUCACUCAAAUCGUAGCUGAUGCAGGGGAACGCGUCAAGUUGCAGCAGGUUGACCUCAGCCUUCAAAGCGCGUACGGCAUCACCGGUGCAAAACCAAAGAACAUAUACGAAGCAGCUUGUCAGUAUUAUGAAGUCGACUGGGCCCCAGACCAGAAUUCGUGGAUAGCAUCAGCCUGGAACAAUAACUUUACCUUUGAUGUUGAUAUGGGUGGCUUCUCAGACGAGAAUAACCUCUGCAUCGAUCAGCGUGGCUUCAAAACCAUCAUCCAGGCCGAAGCUGUAGAGUUUCUUCAACCUGAGCAAGUCUCCCUGAAUUCUGUUGUCACGACGAUUGCAUAUAGUGGGGAUGGGGUGACAGUCACCCUAGAAAAUGGUACUGCUCUCACCGCGGACUACGUGCUUUGCACGUUUAGUCUCGGAGUACUGCAAUACGGUGAUGUCGCGUUUAAACCUGAUCUUCCUUCGUGGAAGACGGAGGCCAUUCAGAGCAUGGUCAUGGCUACGUAUACCAAAAUCUUCUUGCAGUUCGAAGAAAAGUUCUGGUUCGAUACUGAGAUGGCCGUCUAUGCAGACAAACAACGGGGGAGGUAUCCGAUUUGGCAGAGUCUUGACCACGUCAAAUUCUUCCCUGGUUCUGGUCUCGUCUUUGUGACUGUCACCGGUGAUUUCUCACUGCGCAUCGAGGGCAUGGAAGAUUCAGAUGUUCAAGAGGAAGUUAUGGAAGUCCUCCGAGCCAUGUACCCUAACACCACUGUCCCUGAUCCUGUCGCAUUCCAUUUCAAACGCUGGAACGCGGAUCCUCUCUUCCGCGGCUCUUACUCCAACUGGCCCCCUUCUUUCCUUCCCGGUCACUCAGAAAACCUGAGGGCUUCGGUAGACAAGAGGCUGUGGUUUGCGGGUGAAGCCACGAGCUUGAAGUAUUUCGGUUUCCUUCAUGGUGCAUAUUUCGAGGGGCUGUACGCUGGCGAGGACAUCGCAAAGUGCGUUGAGGGUUCUGCAUGCACUGGACGGGAGCAUUUGAAUAGUGUGGUUGAUGCUUCCCCCUAUCCCUUCGUGUCCAUCACGCCUUAGGUGUUUAAAUUCGAGUCAUGUUGUUGUUGGAUUGUUUGGUAUCGUUUUCGAGCACCAUCAGUAAUUAACUCUUCAUGUCAAGAACGACCCUCAUCAUUUGUCUGGCCUACAUUUUUUAUGGCCAAUUAUUGUCCUAUUAAGAAAUACUUCUCUGCAGGACAUUACAGUUUAGUCUACAGGACCCCAGUGUCCUUUUUCAUCUCCUGAUUCACGAAUGCUCUGGUGUGGGGCGUCCUCCCACCAGUCCGCCGUUCCCGCCGACGGCCUACAUGAUAUAUAUGCGCACCUUCACGACUC